AUGAUGGUGUAUCAUGGUGGCAAACGGGGGCAGGGCAGGAGUCAUUUGACAAGAAUUGCAAUAUGGAUCGCAGCAGUGUAUAUGAUAUUGUCUUUGUUUGUUUGUCUUUUGACGCAUGCGGUGUACGUUGCUGUGGACCCUUCCCUGCCGUUACUAAAUGUUCCUUUUUACGUCACUGCUGAAUUUUUGCAACAGGGACAGAAUUUGUUUCUUUCACGUAGUUCAGUCUGUGACGUGGAACAAUUGGUGGACGCGUUUUGUACCCUUCAGGCAAAUCGAACCUGCGAGUUUAAUGUUACCUCAAAGAGCAUGGGUGUAAGUUCACACUACGAAAGGUACGUUCCGCCGCUCUAUAUUUGCUCUAGCGCCUUUUCUCAAGGGUACAUACAAUCGCUGCAAUUGCAUGUGAUCGAUGUUACUCCACGUUUUGUGUUCUUGGAGCGUUUGUCUACUGUGACAGUUGGGGAUGCGACUCCUGUGGGAAGUAUUUUUGGCUUUUUCAGCGACGAAGAUUGCAAUGAUGUCAUUGAAAAUAUGCCAGAAAAAGUAUUGAGAAUGCACAGAACUUUAAGCUUGACUGCCGGUGAUGUUGGUGUCAUUCAUCUCUGCGCCCGGAUUCCGUAUGGUGAUGAUGGACUUUACUCCUCUUAUAUACCUGCGGCGACACUAUUGCCUGUAUCACCUUUUUCAGUGAGUGAGACGAAGGCUCUUCGAUACACCAAACAACUCUUUAAGUUAGACUCAUUCAGCCAAAUUCCAUUUGCCAGUUUUUCUCUUUCUCCAAUUUGUCUUCAACUCUUGCAGGAACCGGUGGGGGGUAUUAAGUUGCAAAACAUAAUACUUACCAUUCUCGUCCCUAAAGGAGAUUAUUAUUUCUGUACUGGAUUACCUUAUUACAAAAACCUUCGAGUGUACGUGCCUUCGAGCAACCUUAUCACGGUUCAGGAGUACGGGUUGCAGCCACACACAAUGUACGCCGGCUUGCCUACCACAAUGGAACUUACAUUGGACGCAGCGUCAUUGGAAACUAAUGCUACCGUUGCUACAGCGCUUUUUUUUUCUCCAGGUUGCAAAAAGGAUCCAGUUAUCUCUUGGAGUACGUCGAGAACAUGGACUGUGACAUUGCCAGGCUUGUACUACGCAUGUGUGGCGGUUACAGACUCAAGCGGAAGCACCAUGGCCUUGGCAGCUAAUAUUACGGUAUUGGAUGCACCAAUAGCAGUUGUGUCACGAUCUCCCGCUAUCAGGGGAAUUGAUACUAUAGUGAAAUUGAAUAAUCGUGAGGCGUCCGCUCCUGGAGUCAUUACCGUUGGUUUAUCACUGACACCUAACUGUUUACAACUUGUUUCCAGGUCUGCAACGACAGAGACAGGAGAUCAGGCCACGUUACGCGUUCCAGAAGAUGCUCUUGAAACGAUUUAUCUCUGCGUCUCUACCCCUCUUUUCCAUACGGGAGGGCAUUUGGACGAGAAUAUUGAUUAUGGCUACAUUUAUUUUAUCGAAGAAGUUACAACUCGAUCCUACACUGUUUGCUACGAUACCUUGUUUGUGGGAAAGAAAGGAGCUGUUACAUUGGACAAAGAUGUGCAGUUUGAAGCAGGCACGAAAGGAAUGUUUUCCAAUGACACAACAUGUGAAACGAUGGUUGGGGCCGAAUUCUCGAUGAAUGAGACUGUAUUGAAGAAUGUGCUGUUUACGGAUAUUGGGGAGUAUUCCCUCUGUGUAAAGCUUCUAUAUGCCUCAGCGUAUGCUCACAUUGCUACAGUUGUAGUGUAUGGUGCAGUAGAAUUGGCCCCCACUUCCAUCGUUGUGGGUACCCUCACAAAUGUGUCGGUGUCGUUGGUUCCUCCUUAUGCUCCCGUGAAAAUUCAAACCUCAAAAGACUGCAGUUUUUCACCAGUAGCUAAAGGGGUAGCAGACAUGAAUGGGGAAUUAAAAAUUCAGGUGCUUUACGCUAGACAGACAAACUUGACUGUAUGUGUAGGGUAUGGCGGGAGCAAGGAUGAGGGAAAUUGGAAUAUAAUACCCGUUGGAGUGUUGCCAAUUAGAGAGGUUCAUGUCGCUCCAAUGGCUGUGAUUGUGUCCAAGGUAAACCGUGUGAACUUUAUUGUACCUGAUGCUACUUCUCUCACCGGAUUCCAGGCAUUUGUUCAUGGAGCGGAGGGCUCGUGCCAAUCACCCCCCACGGGGUCUGUGUUGCCUGUUAAUGUCCCCAAUAAAGGACGGGCAUUUAUUCUUUUUACACCUCCCGAAGCUGGAGCAUGGGAGGUGUGUUUGGGAAAUGAAUUCAGCACUUUCAGAAGCAUCGAAACCAUUUUUUCUGUUGCACCAUUGGAAAUGACUGCGAAUCCGCCAUCAGGCGCCGCUGGAUUGCCGGUCAAAAUGAAAUUUGGUGGGUCAUCAUGGUCCGCUCUUAAGCCAAUACUAUUUUUUAUUACGGACAAUGUGAAAUCAUGCGCAUUACCAAGUGACGAGGAAACUUUAAUAUUGGGGGAGGGCUCUAUUAAUAAAACCAAUGGAGUUGCCGAACCGUUCGUGGUGGCACGGACUGGUGCACUGACUGUAUGUGUUGGAUGGAAAGAUAAAAAUCAAAGUUUUUUUGUCUAUGGGGGUAGCGUAGCUAUUGUACCAUUUAGGUCUUUUUCACGCUAUGCCAUUCGCGCACGCACGAAUAGCAUUUUGGCAUUUCCAGUGCUAGAUGACGGUUCAUUAUUUCUUGUGUCAUGUCCCUCUAAAAGCAUGUGUGGCGUCCCCAUUUCGGUGAAAGUCUGUUUACAAGCGACAAAACGCUACUAUACAAGUCCAUUGGUUCCGUUAAAAGGUGCGGCGGUCGGCCGCUAUGUGUUGUGUCAAGAGGAAGCGAAUGGAAAAGGGAUUGUGGCUUCAACGGUUCCUAUAUUUGUUGUGGAUCCGUUUUUGGUGACCAUUUAUGAUACGAUGGUGCGGCAAUUUGGUGCAGUCAGGAUAGGAUUGUCUGGGGGUGAUGUGGAAACACGUUCCGAGCCCAUUACGCUUUUUACAAUGCCACCAGGAUUACAAUGUAAUGAAACGGAUGCACGAAGUGAAGAGUUUAUUUUUGCUGCAGGAGCUUUUUUUGGGAAUAUCACCGUGACAAUGAUCACCCCCUUUGCAGAAGAAGUACGGUUGUGUGUAAAGGCCUCCCCAAGGGACAUCUUUCUUGCAGAAGUGUUUGAUCUUCUAUCUUACAUGACCCCCGCGACGGUGGUGACGGAUCGCACAACACCUGUGCUCUCAGGAUUGUGGAAGGAAAAUGUGGUGGCAAAACUCACUGCCCUACCGGACUGUGCGGGGAGUGUCAUGAGCGUUCCACCCGCGCUCAUCACGAACUACAUCUCAGAACUUCGGGUGGAUGGCUGCGAGGGUGGCAAUGCGGAUCUCAAAACUGUACAUUACUGUGAAAGCCUAGAUGGUGGCAGGGUUUUUGACUACCGUGGGGCGAUGGCGCUAGUUCGUCUCCGGAGCUGUGACCCUGAUCACCCCUCGGAGAUUGCGCCCAUCACAGUGCCACCUGGAAGGUUUAUAUUUAAUUACGGAAUCGAUCGGGCCCGCUUCAAUUUUUUUGCGCUAUCGGAGAAAUCGGAUUGCCAGAAGUUGCCAAUUGGUAAAAACUUUUUUUUACCGAGGUAUGAUGAGAAGUUAAUUUUUUUUGUUUGCGUGAGUGUGAGGACCGAUCCCGAUUACGUGUUCACCACCGACUCUCCGACGCUUCAGGUGGACAACUUCAAGGUCUCACCGAAAUCUGUUCCGGGUAUUUUGGUGGCAGGAUUUGGUGCCAAGAUGCGGGCGGAGUUGAGUUUAAAUUAUUGUACAGGUGAGAAAAUGACGUUCUUGAGUGACAGUGCGAGCUGCGGUAAUGUUCUGGUAUCUUUACGUGGUCUUGCGGUGAACCCUUCCCGUGUAUUGUUGUUUCUCGUGGGAGCGUCAGGACUGAGCUACGUGUGCGUUACGCCUCAAGGCGAUAUCAGGAGAAAAGUGGCACUGGCGGAAAUCCUUGUUGUCAAUCCUCCCAUACCAUCGAUGCUGGAUCCAAUACUCGUUCUUGGUGCUGCGUUUCACGCGACGUUACAGGUGUCAACAGUGAGUGGCCAAGCACAGUUGUACUCUUUGAUUCCAGGGGAAGACGCGCAGUAUGCGUUUGCAUCUUUUUAUACCACUUUCUUCCGCGGUAUUUUUUUCUCGAUUGAUGCAUGCAGAAGUACUGUCAAUGGGAGCGAUGUGGUGUAUGUUCGGGAUACUGGACGCGUUGUCCUACCAACGAAGGAUAUACCAGAGGGAACAAAGUCCCUCUCCCUCUGUGCGGGUACUCCCGCAGGUAACCUCUCCGUUGUUGCUGACAUUCAAAUUUCUACCGCCGUCAUUUACCCUACACAGUUUGUUCUUGGUGCGGAUGCGGAUGUGUUUAUUCCACUUACCCCGAAUGGAAUAUUCCACUUAAGACAAGAUGACAACUGUCGGGGUGAGGAAGUUGUACCGUCCUUCACAACGAAUAGUGAGGGUCGCGGGAGGUUGUUAUUUCGACGCUCCUCAGGUGCGGGUUUGCCCUCCGCAGGUCGAUGGACGCUUUGCGUGGAAAACACGGGGCAUGAUGGCGCACCUCCGUUUGAUCAAGAAGGAAUGGCGAUGGCUGCUCCUGGAGUGCCUUUACAGGCUCUUACCACGAUUGAGGCUUUUAACCCCGUGUAUUACAAUGUGCGUGGUACGGAUAUUAUUGUUGGUGUUUCAAGUAUUUUGUAUUUGCUUGAUGACCUAAAGGUUACCGACUUACGUCGUGGUUUUAGCAUGGACAGGAGUUGCAAAGAGCAAGUGGAGUCCUAUGGAUUUUGGGAGCCAUUGCGAGCCAGUACUGAACGUGGAUUAGGCCGUAUUAUCGUUUACGCGGGUGAACCUACUCCCGCCUUGUACUUGUGUGCCGCUGUUUCCGUGAACCGUUCUAUUGUCUCUCUUCCUCGCCAUGGCGCAGUUCGGUUUUUGACACCAAUUUUUGCUCUUCCAUCAAUUGUUCCGCGUUGUGAGCCUCUGCAGUUGGGCAAAUGUGCGUCGCUGGAUCCGUCGUGGUCGGGUAAGUUUUUUACGGUCAUUGUGGGUGAUUGCUGCAGUUUUGCGGAUCGGUUGAACAUUGUUGGAGUGAUAGAACGGGGAAGUCGCAAUUUAUGCACAUUGAGAAUGGAUCAUAAAAUGUUGGACGAUGAUCCCCCCCAAACCGAAUACAGUGUUUGUGCAUGGGACUCACAAGAUGCCUCAUAUUGCAGUAAUUUGGGCCGUGUCAAGGUGAGUACCGAUUCAUGUACUUCUGACAUUGGCACAUCUGGCUCUCCUAUGAGUGAAGAGCUGCUUAUUUUAAUUAUUGUGCUCUCUGUGCUUGUUGGAGUGUUACUGAUUGUAUUUUUGAUUUGCGUGACAGUCCGGUUCUGCCGGAUGAAGGAGAAAAAGAAGAGGGAGGUUGUCUUGGCCUACCCGCAGAUGCUCGAGCAAGAAUUAAACCCGCUGACGAUAUACGGUUCAACAACUGUGAGUCCUCUACCGAUGCAUGAGGAUCAAUCGCUUGGCGCCGCAAAUGGAGACCGAUUUACCGGCUCAUCCCAAACCCCCAUUUCUGUUGGCACCUCCGUUGAUCGCGCAAUGGGCCAGUCGCCAGUGGGAGUGGGUUUGCGGGGAGUGACUUUGAUGAAUGUUUGGGAAAGCAUUGAGUCGGACGAGCGGGAUCAGGUUGCUCUGCAGGAGGCACGGGACCGAUACAAUUAUCGUCUUGCAUUCACCGAUGGAAUAGAGCGCAUGAGCCUGGAAGAGAAGGAGCAGGCGGUUCCCUUUGAAUUGAGUAGUGAUUGGGGCAAUCCAUUGGAGGCGGGUGAUGAGAAUGCUUCCGCUUCUUUUCGUCGAGCUUCAGCGCCGAGGGAAAAAGAUGCGGAGGCAUGGAUGGAUCCCACAGAGGUUCAGAUGGAGAGUGAGGGGGGGGUGGCAGCGGAAGAAGGUUCGACAGUCGCUGCGUCAUUUCUGCCACAUAAUCGUACGGAUGCCGUCCAAAGCCUUCGUUCAGGGAGUUACACAACAAGGCAGCGCUUCUAUGACGAAUGUCGAUAUCUCUUUGAGGGCGAGACGGUACGGCGGCAGCGUGUUGCGAACAUGGCGGAUGAGGAGUGGCAUGAUAUUGUCGAUGCGGAGUUCAACAGUUACGUCCUCCUACAGAAAAAUUUCUCAGGAGCCACACUGCCAGAGCCAUUACCAGACACCACUGUUCUGCCCUUUGCUGCGGUUGUUGAUUACCAAACGGACACUGAGAGUAGCAACAGACAUUAUGACUUUUGUUGUACCGAUGAGGAUGAUAUUUAUGACGCACCCACCUUUCCGGCGCCGCCGCUGAAUCAUGGGAACAGUGGCGAGGCAAAAUUUUCCUGCCGCGGUGGUGCACAGAGCGCGACCAAUGCACUUACCGAGCGUGAUGCCCAUGUGGUGGCCGAGGCGGAGAACGAUCAACAGUCCGGGGAGUUGACACUGGGUGAUUCUAAGUCUUCAGACACAAGGAAAACGGCUCAGUAA